AUGCAGAGGGUCCUCUUCUGCAGCUUCAUUCUGUGCUCCUUCUUGGAAGAGAGUCUUGGCAUCAUCAGGAGAUAUUACAUUGGAGCGGUGGAGAGAGACUGGGAUUAUGCGGCUGGCAACCAGAAGGGGGUGCCCUCCUCUACCACCACCACCACCACUCGAUACAAGAAGGCCAUAUUUUUGGAAUAUGCAGAUUCGACGUUCACACAAGCAAAACCCAAGCCCGCCUGGAUGGGUCUCUUGGGCCCCACCAUCCAAGCAGAAGUUCAUGACAUCGUAGUUGUCACUUUUAGAAACCUGGCUUCCCACCCUUUCAGCAUCCACGCCAUCGGGGUGUCCUACUGGAAGGCUUCAGAGGGAGCAGGUUAUGAGGAUCAGACCAGCACGGCAGAGAAAGAAGAUGAUGCCAUAGGGCCUGGCCAGAACUACACUUACGUGUGGGAAAUCUUUGAAGCUGAUGGGCCGACGGACAGCGACCCUCAAUGUUUGACCUAUGCAUACUAUUCCCGGGUCAACAGCGUCAAGGACACCAACUCCGGCCUGAUUGGGGCGCUGCUGGUUUGCCAGCCAGGAACCCUGGUGAGGGAAGGAGCUCUGAGCCGGUUGCAACAAUUUGUGCUGCUUUUCUCUGUGUUUGAUGAAGGAAAAAGUUGGUACUCUGAAUCCAACACCCUGGGAACUACUUGGACUCAGCUGCACACUAUCAACGGGUACAUAAAUUCCUCCUUGCCUGAUCUAAAAGUCUGUCAGAAGAAACCAGUCUACUGGCAUGUCAUAGGCCUGGGUACCAGCCCAGAAGUCCACUCCAUUUUCUUUGAGGGUCACACUUUCUUGGUUAGGCAUCAUCGGCACGACACUCUGGACAUCUCCCCGUUCACUUUCUUCACUGCGGAGACAAUGCCUAGCACCAACGGCACGUUUCGAAUGUUCUGUCAAAUACCAUCUCACCAGGAAGCUGGCAUGGAAGCAUAUGUGAAGGUGGAAUUCUGCCCAGAGGAGCUUGAGAAGAAGAUGCGGCUGGCAGAACAUGCCGCAAAUGAGUUUUACGAUAACUACGAUGAAGAUGAUGAUAUAGAAAGUGUCGUGAUCAACAUGGAUCUGGAGGAUUCUGCACCAAGGCUCAAUAUCCGUAGCUUUGCCAAGCAGCAGCCGGUCACCUGGACGCAUUACAUUGCGGCUGAGGAGAUUGAGUGGGACUACGCCCCAGUCCAGCCCACUUACUUGAACAGUACUUACACCAGGCAGUUGCUGGAACGAGGCCCCCAAAGGAUUGGCUCCAAGUAUAAGAAAGUGAUGUAUGUGGAGUAUGAGGAUCGGACUUUCAAGAGGCAGAAGAUGCCCCGUGAUCCUCAGAUGGGGAUUCUGGGGCCUGUCCUCAAAGGAGAAGUGGGAGAUGAGCUUAAGAUUGUGUUCAAGAAUCUAGCCAGCCGGCCGUACAACAUUUACCCUCAUGGCCUCUCAAGCGUCUCUUCCUACCAACAAACCAAAACUAAAGAUAUGAAACGCUUGGCCAUUCGACCUGGCCAGCUGAUCGAGUACCGAUGGAAUAUAAUGCCUGAAGACGGCCCAACCAAAUCUGACGCCCGCUGCCUAACUCGUUUCUAUUAUAGUUCCCUCAAGCCUGCUCGGGACCUAGCCUCUGGACUUAUUGGUCCGCUGCUGAUCUGCUCCAGAGAGUCCAUGGACCAGCGGGGGAAUCAGAUAAUGCUAGAUGAAGCAAAAUUUGUGCUCUUUUCUGUCUUCGACGAAAACCGGAGCUGGUACUUGCAGAGAAAUAUCAAUGAGUUUUGCGCAGAUGCCACCAAUAUCAACCUCAAGGAUCCAGAGUUCUAUGCCUCCAACGUCAUGCACAGUAUCAAUGGCUACGUCUUUGAUAACCUACAUCUCAAUCUUUGCCUGAAUAAAGUGGUAUACUGGUAUGUCCUGAGCGUGGGUGCCCAAACAGAGUUCUUGUCUGUUUUCUUCUCGGGGAAUAUUUUUAAGUACAACACUGUCUUUGAGGAGACCCUCACGCUCUUUCCACACUCUGGGGAGACAGUCUUCAUGGCCAUGGAGAAUCCAGGUAUCUGGAUGUUGGGAUGCCUGAACCCUGAAUUUAGAAGAAGAGGAAUGAGAGCAAAAUUCACCAUUUCCAAGUGCACCGAGAACACUGAUAUCCACGAUGAAUAUUACAAUGAGUAUGAAAGGGUACAGCUGGUCACCCAAAAUGGAAGUGCUCAGAGGGAAAGUAAAGGCAGCGCAUCUCGGGAAGUGAAGGAUGCAAGGAACACCAUCACUAUCCCUAGUUAUUCCAGAACAAAAACAAGCCUUGGGGGCAAGAAUACAGCAACCAAAGCAGGGCUUACUUCCUCUACCUUUCUGGGAGGACAGACCACAAUUGUCAACUCUGUCCCACAGAAGACCACCAGGCAGAUGAAUGAGGCUGGAGUUCCUGCAACACUAGAAGCUCAGGUUGGGAGGCACGCUGACUCAGAAGCCCGUCUGCAGUUGCAGCUGAGGGAAUCGAGCAUCGCUCAGGAGCAAACGUUUGGGAAUGAAUCCUUGCAGGCUGCAUCAGCGAGGGAGGCAAAACAGGCCUUGGCAGAAAAAUAUUUGUCUCCUCAAGUUUACCUGACCAUCAAUCGGACCCUUCAAGGAAAGCAGCGGCAGCAGACUGACAGACAGGCAUUUAAUGGUGAAGGCAACCUUGCUCCCUCCGACGGUGUAAUACAAACAUUUAAAUGGAAAGAAAAGGAGGAAGCAGGGGGAACCCCAAGGCAGAAACUCCUCAGAGGUGAAAGCAGGGUCCCCGGCCUCAUUCAUGUGGAGGCCUCGAUGAAACCCUCUGGUCUUGUCAAAUCAGAGGUCACAGACUCCUUGAGGCCUCUGAAGGAGACCUCCGAGUAUGACGACUACAGUGUUGCUGAAGAGAAUCAGGAAUUUGAUAUCUAUGGGGAAGUCGAUACGGAUCCACGUGCUUUUGCUGGGAAAGUCCGACAAUAUUACAUUGCUGCUGAGGAAGUGAUGUGGGAUUAUGGCAGCCAGAUUUCCUCUCCAUAUAUGAGAGACAAUCCAAAGAGCAGCACAAAGAAACCCUUCAAGCAGUACAAGAAAGUGGUUUUCCGAGAGUAUCUAGACAGCUCUUUCACUCAACCGCUCGCCCGAGGAGAGUUAGAUGAGCACUUGGGCAUCUUGGGGCCGUACAUUCGGGCCCAGAUUGAUGAUGUUAUCAUGGUGACUUUUAAGAACUUGGCCUCCCGACCUUACACCUUCCAUUCCAACCUGCUGCCCUACGAGGGGAAAAGGGAGGAAGAGGGACAGUUCCGCCCGGAGGAGGUGCAGCCCAACCAAGUCCGCGAGUACACCUUGAGAGUACAGCGAGAAAUGGCUCCUACCAUGGAAGAGUUUGAGUGCAAGGCGUGGUUGUAUUUCUCCAGCAUUAACCUGGAGAAAGAUCUGCACUCGGGUCUUAUCGGGCCUCUGAUUAUUUGCCAGCCCGGAAUAUUGAGCACUGCACAUGGAAGGCAGCUGACCAUCCAGGAAUUCUCUCUCCUCUUCACCAUCUUUGAUGAGACAAAGAGCUGGUAUUUUGCCGAGAACCUCCAGAGGAACUGUCCGUCCCCCUGUCACAUCCAGAUGGAUGAUCCUGCCUUUAAAAUGAUCAAUUCUUUCUAUGCUAUCAAUGGCUAUGUGAGAGACACACUGCCAGGGCUGGUGAUGGGUCAGCACCAGAGGGUCAGGUGGCACCUAAUGAACGUAGGUGGGGUGGAAGACAUCCACUCAGUUCACUUCCAUGGGCAGGUCUUCACUGUCAGAAUGGGCAAGGAAUACCGCCUGGGAGUCUACAACCUCUAUCCAGGUGCUUUUGCGACUGUGGAAAUGCACCCGUCCCACCCUGGGAUUUGGCGGGUGGAAUGUGAGGUCGGUGAGCACGAGCAGGCUGGAAUGAGCGCCCUCUUCCUGGUGUAUGACCAGAGGUGUCAAAUUCCUCUGGGCCUAGCAUCUGGGACCAUUGCUGACUCUCAGAUCACAGCCUCGGAUCACUAUGGUGAAUGGGUCCCCAGUCUGGCCAGACUGGAUAAAUCGGGAUCAGUCAAUGCCUGGAGCACCGACUGGGGCAAUUCCUGGAUCCAGGUGGACCUCCUAAGCCCAAAGAUCCUCCAUGGGAUAAAGACGCAAGGAGCCCGGCAAAAGCUCUCUACCCUCUAUGUCUCUCAGUUCAUCAUCUUCCACAGCCUGGAUGGGCAGAAAUGGAAAAAAUACAAGGGCAAUUCCACCAGCUCCCAAAUGAUAUUCUUUGGGAAUGUGGAUGCAGCAAGUGUGAAACACAACGUCUUUGACCCCCCCAUCAUCACCCGCUAUGUCCGCCUUCACCCAACACAUUACAGCAUACGUGUGACACUGCGCAUGGAGCUCAUCGGCUGUGACCUGAACAGUUGUUCCAUGCCAUUGGGAAUGGAAAGCAAAGCUAUCUCCAACCAGCAGAUCUCAGCAUCCUCCUACAUUGACAACAUUGUCUCCUCUUGGCCUCCCUUUCUGGCCCGACUGAACCUGCAGGGGAGAAAUAAUGCAUGGAGGCCUAAGGCAAAUGGCCCAGAGGAGUGGCUUCAGGUGAACUUCCAGAAGACCAUGCGCGUGACUGGAAUUGUGACACAGGGAGCCAAGAGUGCCUUCACCCACAUGUAUGUGAAGGAAUUUUCUCUCUCAGGCAGCCAGGAUGGCAAGCGCUGGACUCCUGUUCUCCAAGAUGGGAAGGAGAAGAUUUUCCAGGGAAAUCAAGAUUCCUUCAGCCCGGUAUUGAAUCUCCUGGAUCCCCCGCUCUUUGCCAGGUAUUUAAGAAUACACCCACUCCACUGGAAUAAGCGCAUUGCACUGAGGACAGAAUUUUUGGGCUGUGAUACCCAGCAAAUGGUUUAGCGAGGAUGGACUUGCCUUUGCCUUGAUGGUGAAGUUUCCCAGGACCUGAAAUGCCCCCAAGUGGGGGCCGAGCGCAACGUUGGUAAAUUGCUGACACUCAAUCAAAACCUGUACAUUUUUGAUAACUG